AUGAAAAAUUCACCAGAAGCCACACUGAAGCCGUCUCCGAAGCCCCCCGUCGAUGAACAGCCUUUUUCCAUGUUCUCUGGAAGAGCCAUGGGGCAGAUCGGGGCACCCAUGUCUUCAAGCCCCCCUGUCGAUGGAGCAGAAUUUUCCACAUUCUCCGAAAAACCUAGGAAGGACACCUGGCAGACAUGGUACAAGCUGUUACCGAAAAAUUACAAGCCAAUUUCUGAAUCCCACGCCCCCAAACCCGGGUACAAGCUGUUACCGGUGGAUAAUUACAAGCCAGUUUUUGAUGCGCAAGGUAGAGCCCUCAGACCGAUUUUAGGAAAGGGAGAGAUGCUGCAGUGCAAGCAAGUUAGGGAUGAAACUUCUUGGUGCCCAUACUGCCCCCACUGCAACGAACAGAGGAUGAAGAAGCUUCAAUAGAUGGGUACUAUCUAUUUGUAGUUUUUGUUCCGACUUAAGGUUAACCUUAAUCAUAAGAAAAAAAAUGCUUCCUCAGAAUACUUUUGUGUUAUUAGAAUGUAGCUUUUUCAUUCAGAAUUUUUUGUUUAAUUAAUUAUUCAUAUUAGGUACCUACUAUAUAGUUAGAGUUUUGAGUUCUGUUCAGUUUUAAUAAUAAAUAAAUGCAAUUAAUUUAAUGUA